AUGGAAUUAAGUCAUACUUCAGAAAACAUAGCAAACAGUCUGCAAAAAACACAACUACAAUGGAAACUUCCACAGCCAAUUGCUACAAGUGACAAUGCAGCAAAUGAAGUAAAAGCAUAUGAAAAUCUAGGCUGGAGCAGGUUCGGAUGUUAUGGGCACCGCAUUAACUUAAUUGUGAAGCACUCGCUCUUGGUGAAGGAAGUUGAUAGAAUCUUGGGGAAGUCGCGCAAGUUGGCAACCUUUUUUCACAAAUCAAGCAGUGUCACAGAAAUGCUUCUUUCAAAGCAGAAACUAUUACUGAAUCAGGAGCAAGUUGGGCAUAAACUCAUUAUUGAUGUCGCAACUCGAUGGAAUUCUACUUUGUAUAUGCUCCAACGCCUUGUGGAACAGACACCAGUUCUCAUGGCACUUGCAAAUGAUCCAGAUCUCUCAAAAACAGCAUCCAACACGUUGAAGAAUUGUGUGUUCAGUUUUCAAGAACUAAGCAUUGUUGAAAAAUUUGUUAAACUUCUUUCACCAUUUGAGAAAGCCACAACUAUUCUGUGUGCUGACAAGUACCCAACCAUGCAUAAAGUACUGCCAGUUAUAACCAAAUUGUUACGGAUCGUAGAGUUAAAUGAUGAAGACCUGCCAGUCAUAAAACAUAUAAAACAGCAAAUGCAACUGGAAAUGGACAAGAGGGCUGUUUCAGAGGACAUUUCAGUUAUCGCAUGCAUGAUGAAUCCAUUCACGAAAGAUUUGAAUUUUGCACCAAACGAUAGGGAUCGGGCUCGCAUGUUAUUGAGAGAGAUGGUGUCAGUUCUUGAUGUGAAUCCAGUCCAGGUGAAACAAGAGAAAGUUGAUGACAAAAUUGUUCCUGCACUACCCUCUCUACCCUCAAUGAAUUCUCAGCCUGAAGAACAAGUAUCCCCUGAUGGAGGAAGUGAGCCAGACACUCAGCCACGGAAGACAAAAAAACUAAAAUCUGCAGAUACUGACGAUUGGCUAGAUGAUAUUGUAAUUACAGGAGAAACGAAGGAACCCACAGAGAAUAUUGCAUAUUUGGAAGUUGAGCGUUUUUUUGGAAGCAAACUUAUUGAUGAAGAUCAAAACCUUACUGUUUUAGAGUGGUGGAAGAAGAAUGAAAUCUUCCCCAGAAUAGCUCUAAUCGCCAAAAAAUAUCUGUGUGUUCCUGCUUCCUCUGUGUCUAGUGAGAGGGUAUUCAGUCUUGCAGGUGAAAUUGUAAACAAGAAACCAAACAGGCUGCAUCAUAGUCAUGUGGGCUUGUUGAUAUUUUUUAACAAGAAUUUCAAAUAUUGGUAG